AUGUCAUGGUUAGCUCGAUCCAUUGCAAAUACUCUCAAAUUCGACGACGAAGACGCUGACGACAAUCAAUCAAACGACGGCGCUCCUAAUCCUAAUGAAGAUCGUACUAGGAGCAAUAUCAGUCCCGAAACAGAGCAGCAGUUAAACGACGAUCCGACUGCUUCUCCGCGUGGAGUCAAAGAUGAUCUUUCUGAGCUCACCAAAACCCUAAGCCGCCAAUUCUGGGGCGUGGCUUCAUUCCUCGCUCCCCCGCCCCAGUCCGAGCCCUACAAACCCCUGGAAGAAUCCGAAUCUACGAAGCCCGACCUUGAUCCCAAUUCGGGUUCGGAAGACGACCCGGCUGGAAUAAUGGGGAUCCGCAACGAUUUUGCGGAGAUUGGAGGCAAAUUUCGUACUGGGAUAUCUAUGAUAUCCAAUAAUAUUGCCGUAUCGGAGAUCACGAAAAUGGCUUCGAAUCUUCUGCAAUUGGGAUCCGAUGAGGAGGAGGACGCGGUGGAAGGGGAUAGUUCCAGGAAGGGUGUCAUUGGUGUGACUGAUGAAGUUGUAUCUUUCGCCAGAGACAUUGCAACCCAUCCCGAAACCUGGCUUGAUUUUCCACUUCCCGAUAAUGCUGAUGAUGAUGAUUUUGAAAUGUCUGAUGCUCAACAAGAACACGCUUUAGCUGUUGAACACCUUGCCCCAGGUUUAGCCGCAUUGCGGAUUGAACUUUGCCCAGGUUAUAUGAGUGAGAGCUGUUUUUGGAAGAUAUACUUUGUGCUUCUUCAUCCUAGGCUGGAUAAGGAAGAUGCUGUGUUGUUAUCAACACCGCAGUGGAUUUUCAAGUUAUUGUCUUGCUCGGUUAUGACAUUUAUUCCUCUCCUUUGGCAUUUCAUAUGGCGAAUGCAGAUUAUGAAUGCCAGGGCCUUGUUAUCACAGGAACUGCAGAACCGCAGUAAGGCCAAGGUAUUGGCUGGAGAGGGCACAAUUGAUGCCAAAGACAGCUCCUACAGUCAAAAUGAAGAAACCCUUUCUGUACCAUCCAGCACUGAUCAUGACAGCGUGCCUGUAACAUCUGUUGUUGAAACUUCUGCUUCCACUGCAGCAGAAGAAUAUGGGACUGAGGAACAACCUUUUAGGAGCAUUGAAGUUCAAAAUUCCAAUAAACCUGUGGCCUUGAAAACGGAUGACCAGAACAAGGGUCAAAAUAUGCAAACUCACUCCACAGAAGAGAACGAUGAAGAUGAUGCUGAUGAUUGGUUAAAGGAAGAGAGCACAGAAGUAGGUGGCAUUGCUGGAUCGACAAUCCCUAUUGAGAAUGAGGAGGACGUGUCUUUUAGUGAUCUUGAAGAGGAUGAUGAAGAUGUGCCGACAAGCCUCAAAAAACCAAGUUACAGUUCAGAUAAAGACUCUAGAGAUUGGGUUCAAUUGUGA